AGAAAAUAUAAUAUAUGGGGCUGUCGACAUAAUUCUGUACGGAUUUUACAUAACUAGUGAACAAUGAGGACCCUGUGUUUACUUCUCGCUGUGGUAUCUUACGUGAUUGCAGAGCAAGUUCUAUAUGACCAUAAACAUCACAGGGCGGUGAUUGUGAGGCCAGGAGAGGGUUGCUAUGAGUACCAUAUGAACCACCAGGAGUCUGCCGAUUCCAAAGAUGACGCACUUCGUCCCGCUCUUGAGGCAAAAAUGAUUGCAGCUCUGAACUGCAGCCCUUCAAAGACCGAAGUUGGCCAUCAUAGCAUUGAUCAUUUGGGUCAAGACAUCAAAACAGCCUGCAGUGGUAUCCCCGUCUACGGCUUUGAGCAACAUGCCGACUGCGCUUCAAAUUCCACAACUAUGGCUCCACCUCAAACGACCACGUGAUUUGGAUCAUAAAUGUAUCAUUAAAUCAUCAAACUUGUAAAUUUC